AUGAGGUCAAGAUCUGACGGUGGAUCACAGACCUGGCACACAAUGAAAGAAAAUGUUUAGAUUUAGAGGAAAGAGAGCGCGUGAGGACAGGCGGUUUCACAUACGUACUGAUUAAGUAGUUAGGGUGUGACUCUGCCGUACAUCAGGGUGUGAGAAGAGCUAAUUUGACUCUAAUUGGGGCAACAAUCAGCUCCUCAGCCCUGCCAACGCCCCGCCACGUUAACUAAUCCUCGCCACGCUGAACUCCUUGACUUCCUGCUGCAGGUUUUUUCUCCAAACCGUCUCUGAAGAGCAGGAACACCAUCUUCACGCUGGGACAGAGGGGCGCCAUCCUGAGUCCUGUGGAGCUGGAGGGGCCGAUCCUGGUCCCUCAUACGGCUCAGAGAGGAGACAGCAGGGUGAGACAAAUACCAAUAAAAAAUAAUUAGGAUGCAUCAGAUUUUUAAAAUGCUUUUUGUCAGUGACCUCAAAGAGCUUUACAUUAGAGACAUCAUUCAUUCGCUCACACAGUCACACCCUGUCGGUGGUAAACUACCUCAGUAGUCACACACUGACGGAAACAUGGCCGCCAGUUUGGCCUCUCCUAACACCACCACACAAAACACUCACAAUCACACACCAGUGGAGGACACACACUGGGAGCAAGGUGGGUUAAGUGUCUUCCCAAAGGAGGGAUAGGGCGGGAUUCGAACCGCCAUCUUUCCAGUUAUUGGCCUAAAACUCUUCCUCCUGAGCCACUAAGAGAGGUCACAUAAGGUCAAAAAAAGAGGAGAAACAGGAAACGAUCAGAGCGAUAAAAACACUAAAUUACAGCCCAGAGACACAAACAGAGGAUCCAGAGUGUUAAAGUGAUGGACACAUUUUAACCUUCCUCCUGUGUUCGCUUUUACUGCGUUCCCACCAUGUUAAAGGUCGGUUUUAAACCCGUGGUUAAAGGGAGGAAAAGAGGGAGUUAGACAGGUGAGAGGGGGUCUCUGAAGACCUGCAGGCUGACUCCUCAGACUCCUGCAGAGGAUGGGGCCUCUCCCCUGGGGUUUGUUGACGUGGUGUGUCCCCUUCUUCUCCUCCUCUCCAGACCUGUCAGUCUGAGAAGGACAGCAGUGAGCCGUCCGGACUGUUUGGUUCUGUUUGGUUCUAACAGUCCAGUUUUGACAUGUGAUGAAUGGACCUGAAGGGGUUAAAAACAAGAGAAAGAUGACUCAGGUCGAUAAAGCGGGUGUGGCUCUGUGCUCUGUCUGUAUUUUCCUGCUUUUUUGUCUUUUUUCAGUCGGUUUUGCGUCUUUCUCAAAGUGGUCCAAAACUCGACCGUCCUCGUAUUCAGGCCUUGGAGUUCUUUUGUCUAUUUUUGGAUCACCUUUGACGUGAACCGCCGUAUGUGUGUGUUUGUGUCAAGUAUUUUAAUCCAGAGUGAAAUGACUCAGAUCAGAGGAACACGCGUGCUCAAAGGGGUACGAAAUGAAGAAACCAGAUCUGCUGGAUCCUGGGUGAAUCUAGGACAAGAUGAUCAAAAACAAACAUCCAUAAUUGCUCUUAAGCUCUUUGGAUUGUUCUAAGAUUGUAGGUUAUGUCCCAGCAUGCACCGAGCCGUCGAAGCCGUCAGUUGACCGACACUGACACCUCGUGGAUUCUUGCUGAGGUUGUUUUUUUUAUCAAACCUCGCCUUGAAGGCUGAAAAGUUGAGAGUUGAGAGUCUUUGAGCGAUGUGAGUGCCGACCACAGGGGGAUGAAGCUGGCCGCUCAUUCCUGCAGACACAUGGACAUCAACCACAAGGACGUCCCACAUCACCACAUGUGGACGCUCUGGAGGAAGAUGCUGGCACAGGAAGAGCCGGACAGAUGGUCAGAGGCGCGGUGGGAACGUCAGAGGAUGAAGUCGCUCCUCUGAUGAUGAACGAGUGACUUUGAAGAAACUUUACUAACAGGAUUCACCUCUUCUCUCUCCUCUCUCUCCUCUAGUAUCCGUAUGAGACCCUGUUUCGCAGCCAGCACUACGCCCUGCUGGAUAACGGCUGCAGAGAGUUCCUCUUCCUCUCCGACUUCUUCAUGGUGGCUGGAAACUCCGCCCUCGACCUCUUCAACAGCAUCAUGGGGAAAACGCUCAGCAUGUUCCUGGUACGAUCAGUGUUUGUUCUUCUCAUCUCAACCACAAACGGACUUUUCUUUAUCGUAUCUUAUGUCCUCCGUCUCCGCAGAAGAGCAUGUCCACGUACGUGUCCGACUGCUACGACAGCAUCGCCGUCUUCCUCUGCAUCCACAUCAUCCUCCGCUUCAGAGCCAUCACGGCCAAGAGGACCAUCCCCGCCCUGGACAAGUCAGUGACCCGACAUGAUGUUAACCCUGAGUGUUAACAUGUUCACACAGAUAUGAUAACUAUGGAGGGGUCUGGUUCAGUACUGUCAAGAGAUGGGGAGGGUACCAAAGUAAAGGGGCGGAGCCAUCCCACUUAUUUAUGUAGACACACAGAAGAGGGUCGAUCUCCAGCAGCUUCACGAUAAUAACUCAUCAUUUAAAUUAAAUAACCUGCAGCCAGAACACUUAAAUUAAAGAGCUGUGCGGGUUACUGGACUUCAAAAUAAAAGCACUGUGUGAGAAUCAGAUCAGGCUUUUGUUUUGAAAAACUCCAGUCAGAGUCUAUUUUUCACACUUGUGACCUUUUCUUGGUCGAUACAGAUGAAACAGUUAACAGUGUGAGUUCGGCUGAGGCGCCACAGUCGGGUUCAGUCGACUGUGGAAGAGCAAGAAAGAUCUGGGUUUACUGUAGUGGACUGUUCUGGACUAACUGGACCUGUUGGUGGAAAGUCUCCAUUAAAGACCAGGAGGUUUCUACGCUCAGCGUUCGCUCUCCACGUCUCUGAAACACGAUUUCAAAAGCUGCUUCGCUGUGUUCCACACAUGCAGAGAUGAGGGACGGUUUUAAAGUGGAGAGUGGGUUUUUAAGGUGACUUUAUUUUUCAUCUUCUCGGUUUCAGGUACUGGGAGGCGGUGCUGGAGCUGCUGUGGCCCAGGUUUGAGAUGAUCCUGGAGAUGAACAUCCACAGCAUCAGAAACACAGACCCUCAGAAACUGGGAGUGCUGGACACCAGACCUCACUAUGUAGGUCCUCACACACACACACACACACACACACACCAUGAGCACGCUCUUCUGGUCGCAGGUUUGAGUGUGACGAGUGUUUUUUCAGAUCACUCGUCGUUAUGCAGAGUUCUCGUCGGCCAUCGUCAGCAUCAACCAAACGUUUCCCAACGAGAGAACCAACGCACUGCUGGGACAGCUGCAGGUAUGACACACACACACACACACACACACACACACACACACACACACACACACACACACACACACACACACACACACACACACAUACGCACAGGUGUCUUAAUUAAUGCUCUAUGACGAACACAGUAAAAAUGCGACACCCUCAGGGAUAAAGUGUGAAUGUAACUCAACCAGAUAGUCGCUCAGCAGCGAAGUCUGAAAGUAUGAUAAUAACAGAGUCAUUUGUGACUUUACAGCAAUUAAACAGAUUUAAGUUCAUUUAAUCCAUCAAUAAAUCAGUCUCCGAGUGACAGUGACCUAAAAAAAGAAAAGAGUCUGAUCGCUCACAACAAACUGGAAAACACUGACAAACAAGCAACUCAUGAAACCAGAAAAACAAACAACGUUUUAAAAGAAAUGAAAUUCAAAGAAAAAUUGCUUUAAGAAGAAUGAAAUAUAAGAGUUAAGAGCAACAAAAGUAAAUAAAGAACAGUGAAAACUGAAAAUAUUUAGAUUAAAUAAAGAAAAUAAAGAUAGAUCUCCAAGAAAUGAAAAGAAAAACAAUAAAAAAGUAAAAAGACAAAAAAAAAAUGACAGUCAAUAAAAGCCAUAAGGUAUAAAGGAAUGGAAGUGAUCGAAAGACAAAUUAUUUCAAUAAACUGAACUAAAAGGAAUAAAGACAGUAAAAAUAAAUACAGAUAUGAACAAAAGAUUUAUAUGAAUAAAAAUAUAUUUGUCAGAAGACACAAAGAAAGAUAUAAAGAAGAAAACUGUAAAAGUGGUAAAAAUGAAUAAAGAAAGAAAAAAUGUGUGAAAGAAAUUUUAGAGUAAAAGGAAAAAAAAGAAACUUUAGGAACAAAUAAUAAUUUAAAAAAAGUAAAAAAAAAAACACCUGAAGACAAAAAAAGUGAAGAAAUUCAAAAACAGAAAAACUUUGAAAAAAUUUUUUUUUUUUUAACUUUUCUCGGUAGAAUAAAAAAAUAACAUAAAAACAGUUUAAAUUUUAUUGUUGCUCAGACUCAGACCUGCUUUAAACUCAGUUUAGGACAUUUUUAAACUCGUGAGGGUUGUUAUAAGAUCAUAAAAAUAUUCUGUGUAAACUCAGAGGACGCCUGAAUGAGAUGAACUGUUUAGUCCACUGGGGGGCGCCAAAGUCUACAAAAUAAGUUUCUCAGUCAGAGUUUAUGAGGACUUUUUUUCUGUCACUUUUUAAACCAAAUUUUCACAAAAAUAACUUUUUAUUUUAGACUCAUUUCAGAUGCAGCAGAAUUUAAAGAACUUCGGAAACUUUGGUUUGAUCGUGAAUCUCAUGGAAAAAUUAUCGGAUUAAUGAAAACAUCGAUGUUUGUUCUCCAGGUGGAGGUGGAAAACUUUGUGCUGAAGAUGGCGGCGGAGUUUCCCUCCAGAAGAGAUCAGCUCAUCUUCCUCAUCAACAACUACGACAUGAUGCUCAGCGUCCUCAUGGUGAGCUGAACGCCGUCGCUCGCCUGUUUCCUUUCUGCUCAGACGACUGAAGACAAAACUUCUCUGCUUCCCUUUAAAUUCUCGCUUUGAAGAAGAAAUCUGUGUUUGCUUGUUGUUCUCCUGUUUGUCCAGGAGAGGGCGGCAGACGACAGUAAAGAGGUGGAAGGGUUCCAGCAGCUGCUUCUGGCACGGACACAGGUAAACACAGGAGCUCAGAGCUUUUAUUUUGAAACACCUGCAGGUAAACGCAGGAGCUCAGAGAUUUUAUUUUGAAACAGUCAAUUUGAUCAUGAAGCUGUGAGGGGAAUCGUUCACAGAGGGCUGAUCAGAGUGAAAAUAAAGAACAAUUUCACCUCGAUAGACAGAAACUAGAACUUUUUGAGGACUUUACGGCGUCAGGAUCCAAAACUUUCUCUCAUUUAUUCUCUAAAACUACGGCUCAGGUUUGAACAUCAUUAGUACCCUUAACAAUCAAGUUUUUAAUCAAGCUAGAGUGGUUAUGUACGCAGAUGAUACAACCCUUCAUCUACCAGAAAGAUCAGUGUGCUUUAGAUAAGGAACUACAAGAAGUCUUUAAUCGGGUUUGGUGUAAUAAGCUUGUUCUUAAUUCGUCUAAAACAAAGAGCAUAAACCUGUUAAUUAAAGACGUGUCCAUCGAGCGAGUCGAAGAAGUCAAACUCCUUGGUUUUAGACAGCAGACUGAGAAAACUGUUGGAGUUAUAAGGAGAAGUCUAACAGGAAUAAAAAGAUGUGCUAAAUUUCUACCUCAGGACUGGAUCUCCAGAGUUAGACGAACAUUAGGACUCACUUAGACUACCGUCACAUCAAGUACAGAUUUAGAAAAAUGACAACGAGUCCAGAACAAAAAGCACAUGACAUUAGUCUGGUCGUCGGUGAGAGAGAGGAUUACAGUGUCUCUGCUUUCCCUCUUCUUCGUGUAUAAAAGACCAAAUGUUCAGUCGUAAUGGUCAUAAUUUCAACAUCAAAUGGUUAUUUCACACUUCCACUCGCCAACACUAACUCUGGACAGCGUACUGUCGUGUUCAGAGGUCUGAAAAUAUGGAAAAAUCUUCCAUCUGUUAUUACAAGGUUGACCAAAAAAGAAGGUAUACCAAAAUCUAAAGACCCCGACUCACUGAAAUAAGAAACACUAGACUAGGACAAUGAGAUUUUGAUGAGUAGUACACUUAUCUAUUGGAAAUGUAAUGUCAUCAUAAUUCUUGUUUUAGUUCUGAUUUUAACAUCUUGUAUAAUUCUCCUGUUUGGACUUUAAUCAUUUUAAUCUGUACGAAUGUUUACCGUCUUCUUGUGGACCCCGGGAAGAGGAGCUGCUGCCUCUGUAGGAGCUAAUGGGGAUCCAAAUAAAGACAUAGAAUAAGAAAAAACAAUGAAACACUGUCGUCUGUUCAGGAGUUCAUCGAGGAGAUCCUGUCCUCCCCCUUCGGAGGGAUGAUCGCCUUCGUGAAGGAGGCCGAGGGUCUGAUGGAGAAAGGGCAGCUGGACCGCCUGAAGAACGAAGAAGGUGAGAGUCAAAAGUUCCUCUCAGAUGAAUCCAAACCUCUGACUCAUUUAUUGUUUCCUGAGUCGCUCAUGAAAACCCACAGGGGCGAGACGGUUUCGUUUCUCGGUCAGGUUUUGUUUUCAGAAUAACUGAAGCUAAGGUUGUCAAAGCGUCCGCCGUCUUCCUCUGAUCAGCUGACCACUUCCUUCUUCUCAAAAUAUGGUGCUUCUCUGAAGGUUCACCGCAACCCAUGCGAGCCGCCUCACCGCUUCAUGUGUGGGGUUGUAGUGAUUUGAAAUGAGCCUCAUACGGUCGCACCAAAAUAUAUGUAGCGAUUUGAAAUGAGCCUCACAAGGCCGCACCAAAAUAAUACUUGGCGAUUGGAAUUUAUAAUAAAUGUCUGAAGAUUAAUAAUCUCAAAUUAUGACAUUUAUGCACUCGUUGAAAGGGGCACCACCCACCCUUAAUGGUGGGAAAAUAAAGAAAACAAAAGUUUAAUUCAGAAAUCAAACAUCAAGUCAGUUUUAAUUAAUCAGUCUUAAUUAAUCAGUCUUAAUUAAUCAGUCUCAUAUCUUAAGUCGAAAUUCUAAUUUCAGGGACUCCACUUCUGGAAGAACACUAACAGACAGGAACUUAGAAAAAUAAUGAUCUGUUUAUUACAGGAUAAAUGAUGGUACAACACACAUGCAAUAAAUGAUGAUAAGAUAAUGAAGAUAGAUAAUAAUAGGUGAAUAAAUAAAGAUUCUGAGUCAGGCUAGGAGCACUAAAGUUAAUGAUAGUGAGUGAAUAUGCGCUAACAUAUUAACCUACACUAACUUUGGUGUCGAGAUAAACUCGGGUGUAGAUUUGGAGGAAUCUAAGAUCACCAGAAAUAGGUGGAUAUCUGAGUUAUGAACGCGUGAGACAGCAUCAGCCCUGUCUGGAGCUCUGGAGGUUUGCAUACUUAAGUGAGACUGGUCCUUGGAGAAGAUGGAGCAGGUUCCGAAGGUCCGGGGCUACUGGCGGUUCGAGCGGUUCAGCUCAGAAGACGACUGAAGUCAGCCGAAGGAUGAGCCAGGAGUUGCAGCACUCGGGCCCGAAGCAAAGCCAGCGCCUGUGGAUCCUGUGGAUGCUCGUUUGGGUACUUCUUUGGUCUCACUCAAAAACUCUGGCACAGAGGAUGACCUGGGCCUGCUGGGUUGCGUUCAGAGGUGACUUUGAAAUCACGCAGAAAACUCAGAAAAACGAGGCUCGAAGAGCAGAGAAAACUUUCAAAAAAUGGCUUCGCGAAAUUAAAGAAAAAUCAAUCAAAGGCUUAAUCUUGGAUUGCUAUGUGCACAAAGAGUUGAAGUUUCAAAACUUGAACUAAGACGAUGUUAAAGAAAAUCAACGUGAAUCAACACGUGGCGUAAAACUUAGAAGACUAAGAAAAAGUUCUAAGAGAAAACAAAGAAACGCACCACAGAAGGGUGUGGGCAGAAGAGAAGGGGCAUAAGAGCCGGGGACAAGAGAGUCAGCAGAAGAGCAGAAGCAUAAGAGCGAUAAGAGGAAUAAGAGCAUAAGAGCAUAAGAGAGAUAAUAAGAGAGUGAGCAACCCCACUUCACUGGUUUUAUCUUCUCACACUGGGAGUGGCUCCGGCGUGUGUGUGUGAGACAGAGGAGGGUCGUGUGGUCUUUGAUUAUUUGAUCUAACUUAUUCUUUUGGCUGGUAAAAGAGUCAGAUCUGAUACUCACUCACUAUGAUUAAUAUCAUUGAAUGCUAGGUUUCAUGAUAAAUAUUUUGAUACUAAACACAUAUGAAUGAAGUGUAGGAUCACAUCAAACAUUCUCAUUAUGUUUUAAGUAUCACAUUAAACAUGCUAAAUUACUCUGAAAUGAAACAGAUAGUAACACAUGGAAACUGUGAACAACAAAAGAGUAAAUACAUGUGAAUGAACUUCAUCAUGAUUAAUAAUGGAUUCUAAAUACUCACAUUCAGAUUAUUCAAUGACAUUAUAACCACCUAAUGGUUAAAAAUACUAAAUAAACAUCUACAAUAUAAACCAAACAUUUCUAAACUGUUUCUGUUACCUAGAGUUAAGUUAUGAUUCAUAGUCGAUAAAUUUAACUCUUAAAAGUUCAUGAAACAGUCUGAAAGGCUGUUGGUCUAAAGAAACUAAAGAAUAAAGGAUUUAUUCUGUAACUCGGCUUCUGGAGCACAUAGAAAAACGGAAAACAUCUCAUUUUAACACAAAGUUCAUGAUUAGACAGAUUAGUACAUUGCUGAAUGCAUAAGAUGUCAUGAUCAGUCAUUUGUAUUCUUUCACCAAAGGAAUGUAGUCUUUAUCAGUGCAUGGUCGAGCAGGGUUUUACGACCGAGGUCUGGAGGUCAGUGUCCCCCCUUAUCCUGGGGUCCGUAUGUUCACACACUUUAAGACGCUAAAUCUCAAAUGGGAGAUCUGGGUUGAGGUUAAUGUUUAUUUAGAUGGUCAGCAAAUGGAGUCAGUUUGAAAGGUAAUAAAAACUCUGUCUCUGUUCGCCGAACUGACCAAUCCUGAAGCGUCAGAGGUUUAGUCAACCUCCGGUUGGGUCACUUAUUUAACCUGAAAGGGCAAACACGUCUGGAAAGAUUUAUAUCCUGUUUCCUGGGACCAGAUAAGGAAACUUUCCUGUAAGGAAUGUGUGGGUUUCACAUCCAGGGUUGUCUUGAUUGCUACAGUCCCCCCUUCGUCACGGUGGUCCUGUCCAUGGAGCAUCGGGACGACGAGUAGACAACCAUGAAGCAGCAGCAGCAGCAGCAGGUGUAUGCAAAUAGGACUGAUGCGUCUCAUUAUCACUAUGUGAAUCACUAGUAUCUGCUUUAAGAUAACAUCAAGCAUGCAUUAAGCUAUCAAAUAAAAUCGUCUAGUUGUUAGACUUUUCUCAGUUAACUAUUGGUAGACUAAUGUGAAAGAAAAUCUCCUAAUUUUUAGUAUUAAUGAGAUUUAGAAAAGCACUCUUUAGUCUGAAUGCUAACUGGAUCUAAAGCUAUAGCUGUUUUUCAUGCUUGCUGGAGAAGUCUGAAAGUUCAAUUUCAGUUUCAAAAAUGGUUAAGACUUAGAUGGAAAAGAAAUGUCUGCUAUAGACAUAUUAACCAUCUGUGUAUGAGCAUAGUCAACCUGAAUCACAAACAUCAAAAGUUUACUGCACAGAGUUUCUCUUAAACUUUGUCUGUUAAACUUGGGGAUGAUGCUCUUACCAGUUUGACUAAUUAUCUGCUGUUGAGUCUGAAAUUUGUCAAUCUGAGUCUUAAUGACAGAAAUUUCUGGUUUUGAUCUGUUCAUAGGAUAUUUGACAGCUGACUAGCUGACCAUAUUGACAGAGGAGAGACAAAUGCUAACAAAGAAAGCAGCAACUGGGAUUGCAGUCAUCAAUGUAUCACCACAGCAUUUGGAUAUCUUAUUGGAGUCAUUUAGCUUUGGCUGAGUGACUUCUGCUUUCGCAGGACUCACACCUUCAUGGCUCCGCAGUGUUAAUCUCAGUGGUUAGCUGAGUAGUCAUGUUUAUUCACCUUCAAAGUGGAUGAAACCGAUUGAGGUGGAUAAUAAGAUCGUCGUUUCUGAGAGUGUGAUUUACUCUGAUUCUCCCAGUCAUUCACCCCCCUUUGGCGGUGUUGAUGGUUUUUCCUUUGUCUGGGAUAAAACCCACUGUGACGGGAGUCUGAAUAACAACAGUUGGUCUCAAAGUUUACCUGGCAUUGGUCUGAGUCAGACCUGGGCCUUGGUGUGUAACUUUGACCUUUGUGAGUUUGUUGAGGUCGAAAAGGUUUUGGAGGCCUGGUUAACCACUCAUUUGGAGGCUUAUCGGAGCCUGAAAAAACACAGUCUGAAGCUUCGUUCAGCUCCAUGGGCAGUGAUUUUGUCUCCAUAGCCAAGAGAGUAACGGGCUCUGCUUUCUUAGCCAAAGUUUGUCGUUGUUUGGCAAAACCUUUUACAGCAAGUUCACGAAGCUGUCGGCUAGUCGAAGUGUUUGGACAAGCUAAGACGCCAAGGUGAUGACUGGUGGUAGGGUGGAGGUUCUGGACGAACAGCGUUUUGAAGUUCAAGUCCUCCUCCAUUUCUGGUUCAUUUCGGAAACCAAAGUAAGCUUCGCGUAAGCGGUUGUAAUAAUGUUGGGGAGAUUCUGAUCUCCCUUGUUUAAUAGACAGAGCAGCAGAGAGGCCUGUCUGGGUCAAAUGAUCAGAAAACUCUUCGAUUAAUGCUUGGCAGAGCAAGUCAUAAUUAUUUCUGACAUAAUAAGGCUGUCGUUCAAGGAAACUGCUAACCUCUCGACUUGACGUCGCCUUAAUGAGGUAGAUUUUGUCAUCAACGGUUGCACCUGGAAAUUUCCGCAGGUAAAAGUCAAUGUCUUUCAAGUAGGUGCAGGUGUCAGUAGCACCUUGGUGCUCAGGUUCAAAGCGUGCUAUGAUGCGAGCAAUUUUGUCAAGAUCCCUGUCUGAGGGAAAUGGUAAAAAGCCAUCAUGAGGAGGAGAGUAGGACUCUUGGUUUAAGGAUGACCUCUCAGGGUCAAGCAGGGUCCUGUCAUGAUGCUGAGAGAGAUACUUAAGAGUUGGUUUGGAAGGAAGUGAUGGCGCUCUCUCAGGAGGCUGAUCACCUAUCAUUUCUUCAAGAAACGUUUGCUCCAUGCGUUCUCUUUGGGCUCGACCUGACUGGAGGGAGCAUUGUAACUCUCUUUGGACAUCUUCAAGUUCUUUGUCUGUCUUUUCUUGCCGUUCUUGACAAAGAAUUAACUGUCUUUGAGCUAUCUGGAGCUGGUGCUGUAAGGUAGAAGUUUGCUUCUCCUUAACUUCAAGAGCUUCAGCACGCACUUUGACCAGUGCUUUCAAAGCUUUUACAUCUUCUGUUGCUUGCUCUAGCAGGGAUUCUGACUGUAUCAGAUCCUCUGUGGUCUUAGCAAGCUGCUUAUUCGUGUCAUCAAGUUCUUUCUCCUUUUUGUAAAGGGUUUCAUUAAGUCUUUCAAUCUUGUCUUUAAGAUCAAGAUUUUCUUCAUGACUUAUCAGUUAGGGAAGCUUUGACGCUUCACAUCUGGCACUGUGUUUUUCUAAAACACUUAGAGACUUCUUGGUCUCCUCUAGCGUCUUUUUCAGAGCGCUGUUUUCGUCUUUUUGCGCCUUUAUCUUUGCUAAAGCGCAUUCCAGCAAGUAGUCUUUAUACUCAAGCUGAGAAGACAUCACGACAGACAUGCAUCUAGUGAGCUCUUUGUCACGAAGUGUCGUGGUUAAAGCUGUUUCCAGUAAGUCAGCCAUUGCAUCCUCCGGAUUGGAGGGUUUGGCCUUUUGAAUCUUAGUCAUAUACUGAGGUAUCAGCUGACUAGUCAAGUUUGCCAACACUGUGUGUAUGUCCCUCAGGGGGUCUCCCUGGCUGGACUCUUUUGUGUUAGGCAUGUUUGGUUUUGGUAAAGAGGUGAAGGUGGUUGGUUGAUGAGUUUGAGUUGACUUAAAAUGAAAGGAAGAAGCAAAAUAUCAAAUUAAGUGAGUUAAUCGACUUAAUUUAUCAGUGCUUGAUAAAGAGGAAGAGCCUAUCUGAGUAGAUCUCUAAUGGAGAGAAAAACCAUAAAGUUAAAUUCAUUUCAAUGAAAAUUGAAAGAAAAACAAGGUGAAAUAAUGUUAAAUUAAAUUUAACAUCAGAUACAGAACCAUUGAAUAAAGGGUUCAAUUUGUUUCCGUGUUGCAGAGAUCAGCAAAGCUUAAAUAAACUGCCUGGUGCAGUUGGAUGAAUUGGAAAAAUCGAUGAAAUUGUCAAUUUAAGGAAUUAACUCUGAAAUUAAUUCACAAAUUGCAAUGAAUCCAAAGGUUCAACUACCAAAUCUAUCUGGAAUGUUAAAAGAAAUUUCAAAUAUUAAUUAAUUUGUUCAUUAAUUAAUUAAUCUUACGAGGAGGGUUAAUACAUUCAUGUAUUAUAGGGAACAGUAAAACUGCUCAAUGAUGUGAUAAGUAACAACAAGAUCAGGUGAUUGAUUCAAGGAGUUACUUUAUCAAUACAUUAUGUAGGCUCUUAUAACAAAGAUAAAAAUCAAAAAUCAAUGAUCAAUGAUUUAGAAUAAGCACAUCAAACUUCAUCAACCAAGUCAAUCACUUGAAUUAUGUCUGUAGAGUGUUACACACUGACUACAGGGAGGCAGUACAGCUGGCUGAUACUGCAGGCAGGUGAUAACAGUGUUAGCUCAAUACCAAAAGCAACCAUGUGGGGCAGUAUGGAAUUGGGAGAACUGCACAAGCUCAACACAAGUGGAGAAGAAGAGGAAAGAGGAAACAGUCAUCCAACUAGCCUCUUGUGGCUGUGUGGUGUUGGGAAGUCUGAAGGAAGGGGCCUUUAGACUCUGCCUCCUUGAAGGACCUUAUCUGCUUAAGGCCAAAGGGUCAGUCUCUCCACUGACAACAAAGGGUUAACAUUUCACAGCAGGCUGCGUCUGCACCCUCAAACAUAGAACUUUACACCAUCUGCUCAGGCAGAUUGGUUCAAUAGAAUCAUUUACAGGAACAAGAAUCAAAGUGACAAAUCACUCAACAGCAGAUUCAACUGCAGACUUUAAAAUCACAAAUGCGGCGAUUUGUGAUCACGAAUUUUGUCUUAAUUCAUUCAAACAACAACCUCCCACUGUUACAGUGGUUUCCUGUGACAGGUAGUUAAUCUGUCAGGGGAAAGGAGGAAAUCUGAAUCCCAUAUAGUUACUAGAACUUCGUAGCCGACUAUAGAGACAAGAAUCAAAGUGACAAUUCCCUCAACAGCAGAUUCAACUGCAAACUUAAAAAUCACAAAUGCGGCGAUUUGUGAACACAAAUUUUGUCUGAAUUCAAUCAAACAACAACCUCCCACUGUUACAGUGGUUUCCUGUGACAGGUAGCUAAUCUGUCAGGGGAAAGGAGGAAAUCUGAAUCCCAUAUAGUUACUAGAACCUCGUAGCAGACUACAGAGACUUCAGGGGCUUGAAACCACAGCUCGGAGCAUCGCGAACACUGGGUUCAGCCAAAGGCCUUAAAUAUAAGCGUACGGCGACGCAACAAUCGUGCACUUAAAUAUUGGACAGUCUAGACAGAGCAGAAGAAGCAGUCUCACUGCUACUCAGAACAACAUUUCACGCUGUCCAGCUCAAACACAGACUACAGGCAUGUAGUACAAAAGUGUGUGAAACACAGGGCAUAAAGGUUUUAUGCAUAGAUCAGGAAAACAUCAGAACUUAGUCAAGCAACUUCAGCAAGCAUAGCAUUGAUUGUGAUUAAGUCUAAAACAGCCUGAAAAUAAGUUUCUCUCAUCAAUUUGGAAGGCUAAGUUUUAGGUUGUCUGUUAGUAUCCAGAAGUUUUGUUUGAAACGCCUCACGCAGGGGCUCCAAAAUAUAUGUAGUGAUUUGAAAUGAGCCUCAUACGGUCGCACCAAAAUAUAUGUAGCGAUUUGAAAUGAGCCUCACAAGGCCGCACCAAAAUAAUACUUGGCGAUUGGAAUUUAUAAUAAAUGUCUGAAGAUUAAUAAUCUCAAAUUAUGACAUUUAUGCACUCGUUGAAAGGGGCACCACCCACCCUUAAUGGUGGGAAAAUAAAGAAAACAAAAGUUUAAUUCAGAAAUCAAACAUCAAGUCAGUUUUAAUUAAUCAGUCUUAAUUAAUCAGUCUUAAUUAAUCAGUCUCAUAUCUUAAGUCGAAAUUCUAAUUUCAGGGACUCCACUUCUGGAAGAACACUAACAGACAGGAACUUAGAAAAAUAAUGAUCUGUUUAUUACAGGAUAAAUGAUGGUACAACACACAUGCAAUAAAUGAUGAUAAGAUAAUGAAGAUAGAUAAUAAUAGGUGAAUAAAUAAAGAUUCUGAGUCAGGCUAGGAGCACUAAAGUUAAUGAUAGUGAGUGAAUAUGCGCUAACAUAUUAACCUACACUAACUUUGGUGUCGAGAUAAACUCGGGUGUAGAUUUGGAGGAAUCUAAGAUCACCAGAAAUAGGUGGAUAUCUGAGUUAUGAACGCGUGAGACAGCAUCAGCCCUGUCUGGAGCUCUGGAGGUUUGCAUACUUAAGUGAGACUGGUCCUUGGAGAAGAUGGAGCAGGUUCCGAAGGUCCGGGGCUACUGGCGGUUCGAGCGGUUCAGCUCAGAAGACGACUGAAGUCAGCCGAAGGAUGAGCCAGGAGUUGCAGCACUCGGGCCCGAAGCAAAGCCAGCGCCUGUGGAUCCUGUGGAUGCUCGUUUGGGUACUUCUUUGGUCUCACUCAAAAACUCUGGCACAGAGGAUGACCUGGGCCUGCUGGGUUGCGUUCAGAGGUGACUUUGAAAUCACGCAGAAAACUCAGAAAAACGAGGCUCGAAGAGCAGAGAAAACUUUCAAAAAAUGGCUUCGCGAAAUUAAAGAAAAAUCAAUCAAAGGCUUAAUCUUGGAUUGCUAUGUGCACAAAGAGUUGAAGUUUCAAAACUUGAACUAAGACGAUGUUAAAGAAAAUCAACGUGAAUCAACACGUGGCGUAAAACUUAGAAGACUAAGAAAAAGUUCUAAGAGAAAACAAAGAAACGCACCACAGAAGGGUGUGGGCAGAAGAGAAGGGGCAUAAGAGCCGGGGACAAGAGAGUCAGCAGAAGAGCAGAAGCAUAAGAGCGAUAAGAGGAAUAAGAGCAUAAGAGCAUAAGAGAGAUAAUAAGAGAGUGAGCAACCCCACUUCACUGGUUUUAUCUUCUCACACUGGGAGUGGCUCCGGCGUGUGUGUGUGAGACAGAGGAGGGUCGUGUGGUCUUUGAUUAUUUGAUCUAACUUAUUCUUUUGGCUGGUAAAAGAGUCAGAUCUGAUACUCACUCACUAUGAUUAAUAUCAUUGAAUGCUAGGUUUCAUGAUAAAUAUUUUGAUACUAAACACAUAUGAAUGAAGUGUAGGAUCACAUCAAACAUUCUCAUUAUGUUUUAAGUAUCACAUUAAACAUGCUAAAUUACUCUGAAAUGAAACAGAUAGUAACACAUGGAAACUGUGAACAACAAAAGAGUAAAUACAUGUGAAUGAACUUCAUCAUGAUUAAUAAUGGAUUCUAAAUACUCACAUUCAGAUUAUUCAAUGACAUUAUAACCACCUAAUGGUUAAAAAUACUAAAUAAACAUCUACAAUAUAAACCAAACAUUUCUAAACUGUUUCUGUUACCUAGAGUUAAGUUAUGAUUCAUAGUCGAUAAAUUUAACUCUUAAAAGUUCAUGAAACAGUCUGAAAGGCUGUUGGUCUAAAGAAACUAAAGAAUAAAGGAUUUAUUCUGUAACUCGGCUUCUGGAGCACAUAGAAAAACGGAAAACAUCUCAUUUUAACACAAAGUUCAUGAUUAGACAGAUUAGUACAUUGCUGAAUGCAUAAGAUGUCAUGAUCAGUCAUUUGUAUUCUUUCACCAAAGGAAUGUAGUCUUUAUCAGUGCAUGGUCGAGCAGGGUUUUACGACCGAGGUCUGGAGGUCAGUGUCCCCCCUUAUCCUGGGGUCCGUAUGUUCACACACUUUAAGACGCUAAAUCUCAAAUGGGAGAUCUGGGUUGAGGUUAAUGUUUAUUUAGAUGGUCAGCAAAUGGAGUCAGUUUGAAAGGUAAUAAAAACUCUGUCUCUGUUCGCCGAACUGACCAAUCCUGAAGCGUCAGAGGUUUAGUCAACCUCCGGUUGGGUCACUUAUUUAACCUGAAAGGGCAAACACGUCUGGAAAGAUUUAUAUCCUGUUUCCUGGGACCAGAUAAGGAAACUUUCCUGUAAGGAAUGUGUGGGUUUCACAUCCAGGGUUGUCUUGAUUGCUACAGGGUCAAGACAACAAUCUGAAAAUGAGAGACCGAAUUUAACCACAUCUAAACCUGUGUGUGUGUGUGUGUGUGUGUGUGUGUGUGUGUGUGUGUGUGUGUGUGUGUGUGUGUCCCAGCCCGGAUCACUCAGCUGGUUCGGGGUUUUUCCAGCACAUGGAAACAGUCGGUGGAGGCGAUGAGUCAGGACGUCAUGAGGUCGUUCACCAACUUCAAGAAUGGAACCAGCAUCAUCCAGGUGAGACGGCGGGUUACAGGUGACCUUCUGCUGACCUUCACAAACAUCAUGAUUAGAGGUUCAUCACUCAGUCCCAGUAACGACAAAGAACAGAGUGUUUUUAACGUGUGUCUCGAACCCCAAACCUCUAAAACGUCAGAAAGAAAACCUGGAAAAGCGAGGAGUCGUGUUUCAUUUUCUGAAUAACAGGAAGUGAUCGUUCCUGUUUCUCCCUCAGGGCGCUCUGACCCAGCUGAUCCAGUACUACCACGGCUUCCACAAGAUCCUGAACCAGCCCACUUUCCGCAGCCUGGCCGUCCGCUCCGAGCUCAUCAACCUGCACCACCUCAUGGUGGAGGUGAAGAAGCACAAACCCAACUUCUAA